AAAAUUAAAAAUAACAGGAAGAGAGAAAAAUUCAGAAAUGGCGGUAAAAUUAUCAAAGCAAAAUUCAAUAAAGCUAAGAAAGAAAUUGGGGAAAAAUUUGUCAAGAAUAUUGGUGCAAAUUUAAAAAAUAUCAAAAACACAGUUAAUCAGAAAAAAAAUAAAAUAAUGAAAAAUUCAAAAUCGAACAAAGAAAUAUCCAGCACUCCUAUCAAAAACGAAAUGCAUAAAGGUCAGAAGAAAUUGAAGAAAAUAAAGAAAAACUUGCCAAAUAUAAAACAUUUAAAAAGUAUGCUAGAGACAAAGCUAAGUAAUGAGGAAGACAAGAAAAUGUUGUGUGAAGAAGAAAGUAAUCAAACAAUUUCUGAAAAAGUCGAAACUAAAUCAAAAAAGAAACUGAAAAAAAGAAAGCUUGAAAAACUGAAAAAUGAUUUGAAUGUUAAAAUUGAAUCAGAUAUUGUCAAAGUGACAAAUAAGAAAAACAAGAAAAAAAAGAAGUUAUCAUUGGAAAAUAUUUCCAAGGAUUGUAAUUUGAAUGAUACUUUUGAUUCAAAUAAUGCAGACUGUAAUAAUCUUGUUCAAAAAAAUGGUAGGAAGAGUAGUAAAAAUUUAUCUUUGAGGGAAAGAAUGUUGGCCAAGUUGAAAGCUUCCAGAUUUCGGUAUCUGAAUGAACAGCUGUAUUGCUCACCCAGUAAAGAUGCUCAAAACCUAUUCAAGACUGAUCCAGACGCAUUUAAAGCAUACCAUGAGGGUUUUAGACAACAAGUUGAUAGAUGGCCAGUUAAUCCUGUUGAUGUUAUCAUCAAAAGUCUAAAAAAAAUGAACAAAACUUAUGUGAUAGCAGACUUUGGUUGUGGCGAUGCAAAAAUUGCUCAAGAAGUUCAACAAAAAGUUCACUCUUUCGAUUUAGUUGCUACUAAUGAUAGAGUGACAGAAUGUGACAUGGCAAAGGUCCCAUUGAGUAAAGAAAGUGUUGAUGUUGCUAUUUUUUGUCUUUCUCUGAUGGGAACAAAUCUCCAGGAUUAUUUGAAGGAAGCAAACAGAGUACUGAAAGUUGGGGGAAUUCUCAAGAUUGCCGAAGUUGAAAGCAGAAUCGAUAAUGUGGAUGAAUUCAUUAAGGCGGUUCAGUGUUUUGGAUUUCAGAAUACAUAUAAAGACUUGACCCAUAAUAUUUUCUACUUUAUGGAUUUCAAAAAAGUUACGAAUGUUAAGAAAACCAAGGGUUUACCCACUUUAAGUUUGAAUCCUUGUUUGUACAAAAAGAGAUGAUUAUAUGUUUAUCCCUUAUUUCGUUGAAUAAAAUCAAUUUCAAAGA